CAGUUUAGUACGUGAAUUGAGUGCUCGAUUUUAUGCGAGUGAGGUAAGUAAAUUAUGGUAACGCCCUUUGAUUUUAAAAGCAUGUUUUGAUUUGUUUUUGAAGUGGUGGCGAGACUAAACCCGUUUUACACAAGUAUGACUGAUUUGAAGUGAAAUGUUUUAUACUUUUCACUAAAUUGAGCAUGCCUACUUGAAAGUGAUUGUGAACUGUCCUGAUGAUCUGAAAGUGAUUGUGAAUUGUGAUUUUCCUGUUAACUUCUGCCUGUUUUGUCUUCGAUGUGGUCAUGUUAUUCGUGACCCUGCUAGUGAGGGAGGUUAUAAACACUAGCACAUGUCAACAUGUAGUGAUAGAGCCGGUUCGUUCAACCCAGCUAGUGGGGGUUAUACACAAGCAAAUCGUGGCCCUGCUAGUGGGGAUUAUACACUGGCCGUGACCUAUAGAGGAGACGUCCAUUUCGUUCCUGUACUGUAUCCGAUUUGCGUGAUUGCACAUGUUGGCAUGCUAUAAGUUUAAUAAUGGGCACUCCAUAUUUACUUACUGAGUUUAUCUCAUAGUUUUUCCUUGCCCACCAUUUCAGGAAGUGAAACCGAGGACGAGGAAACCACGGGAAGUGACGAGUUAGAAGGCUAGCCAUAUUGUAAUUGGAUAUAGAUUUUCAAAAUAAAUCAUGAUCUUGUAAGCUAGAGUGUAUUUGGAGAUUUAUGAUCGGAGAAAUCUUAUAAUUUGAUCUUCAGAUUUUGAUGGUAUCAGAUUGUGGUGUGAUA